GAGUCACUUGCACAGCUCAGCGGAAGGCUGCGUAGUCAUCUCGUUUGAUCGAGCUGAGCACGAGAGGAGAAGAAGCAAGCACGCGACGCAACCAUCGCCGCGCCUCCGCGACCCCUGACUGCGCGAGGAGGCGAGCUCGGGCCGGAGCUGAGGGAGCUCGCCAUGGCGACCGGCAACCUGGCCAGCGUGGUGGUGGCGGUGGACGGGAGCGAGGAGAGCAUGAACGCGCUGCGGUGGGCGCUCGACAACCUCCGCCUCCGCCCCGACGGCGCGCUCGUCGUGCUCCACGUCCAGCCGCCGCCGAGCAUCGCCGCCGGGCUCAACCCCGGACCCAUCCCCUUCGGCGGCCCGAGCGAGGUGGAGGUGCCGGCGUUCACGCAGGCGAUCGAGGCGCACCAGCGGCGGAUCACGCAGGCUAUCCUGGAUCACGCGCUCAAGAUUUGCUCCGAGAAGAAUGUGGAGGUGAAGACGGAUGUGGUCGUUGGGGAUCCUAAGGAGAAGAUCUGCGAGGUGACGGCAAAUCUCAAGGCCGAUCUGCUCGUCAUGGGGUGCCGUGCUUUUGGCCCCCUCAAGAGAAUGUUCUUAGGAAGUGUGAGCAACUACUGCAUCAACAAUGUGGUCUGUCCAGUUGUUGUAAUCAAAGGCACUUGAGCCAUCUUCGAUCAGUAUUCUUUGCUGCACUUUAAGUCAAGCCUCUGAGGUUGCUACUGCGCUAUCAUCCGUAAUGGUACUGCAUAUUUCACAUUUGGAGACUAGUUUGUUGUGCAUCUUUUUGUCACAUGGUGGUAUUUACGGAUGAUAGUUGUCGCGUGCAUUUGAGCAAGGAAAUAUGUAUUGAUUGUUCAAUUGUAGAAAUAAAUGUGCCAUGUAGCACAUUGUUUUGUAUAUUCUUGUAUUUGUUCUGUGCUAAACAUCACAAACUUGGCAGAAGUGAGUUCCCUUUUGUAUGAAUCCUGUCAUACUUUUAUGUUCCUUGAGAUGUCCAAAGUAAACUAUUCCAAUUUCCA